AAAAAGCAGGGAAGAGGAGCGUCGGGCGAGGCGCGACCCGUCGCGUUGCGUAACGCGGCACCUCCCGCGGGUUAAUUCGCCGCAUAAUCCGCUCGCGCGAUACAAUUACGGCGGGGAGGAAGGACAAAGUUCAAUUACCGCGUAAUGAGAUUCGUCGGGCGACGCUCGGUACACGGGGCGCGCGUCACGUGGCUCUGCGCGUGGAAACGUGCGCGGCGCGAUGACACUCGUCGCGAGCGAGAACGCGGGGAGCUUCGAGUGGCGUGCGCGCGAUAAGUUUGAUAACAGUCGAUUCCUCCUCGGUCCUUCGAAAAGCGUGAAUUGCGCGGGUCUCCCGGUGUCGAUCGAUCUCGGUUCCGCGCGAGACUCGAGGAUGGAACGGAAUUUGGUGAAGACGUUGGACGACACGUACGAUCAGGAAGGUAUCGUCGGAUGCAUCCUGGCCGAUCACGCUGGUCUCUGUCUAGGAGUUAAGGGUGACGCGUCGAGCGACAGUGCCGGGCUGAUAGCGGCCAUAGCGGAUCUGGUCGCGAAGCUCGAGCCGAAAUCCGCGUCGCCGAUUAUAUCGCUUCAAAAUGACGACAGGCAGUGCAUUAUACUUCGCAAGGAAUCCGUAGUCGGUGCCAUAUAUAAAGAUAUAUCGACCUGAAAUGAUGUUGUAUACACGGCUUAUUUAUAUGCGAAAGUCAUUUUUUUACAAAAAUAUUUUAAUUACUAAACAUAAGUGUAAGCGCAAGUUGUUAAUAAAACAAGAAAUGUAAAACCAGUUUUCGUCGCAGGAACUUGUGAGCAACAUUAUCUAGUUGUAAAAAAAAAAUAACCAUUUAUAUAUGACCUUUUCACAUUUUACAAGAUCUCGCGAUGAAUCUGUAGUUGAUUUGUACACAUCAUAAAUAAAGUAAUUUACAGUA